CAAAGUGUCUUUUUUCAACCUUUUCUCUCUCCUCUUCGAUUAAACCCUAAGCCUUCUAAUUCAUAUACUCAAUACAGCAACAUCCCCACCACAACGUCCCGACCGAUACAGAUGACGACGCCAACAAAACCGGUGACGGCCUUCAGCCCUAAUCGAGGCCCGAAUAAUACUCGCAACUCCAUGGAUCGUCCGGCUCCUCCUCCGCGGCUACUCCACGUGUCAUUCAACCAGGACACCAGGUGUUUCGCCGCAGGGACUGAUCGCGGAUUCCGAAUUUUCGAAUGCGACCCCUUCCGGGGGCUUCUUCGCCGGGACUUCAAUGUCCCCGGUGGCAUUGGCACCGUCGAGAUGUAUUUCUGUAGCAAUUUUCUAGCCUUAGUGGGCGGCCGGAGUAACCCUCAGUACAACAAAGUGGUGAUGAUCUGGGACGAUCAUGGAAGCAAGUGCUUUCGACAACUCCCGUUCCGGACGAAGGUGCGCGGGGUGCGCCUCCGAAGGGAACAGAUUGUUGUAGUUCUUGAGCACAAGAUCUUUAUGUCCGAUUUUCCGGGUUGUUUGGAACCGUUGGAUGAAAUCGAGACGGUUUCCAACCCUAAGGGACUCUGUGCCCUAUCGCAGGGUACAUAUUCCUUUGUGCUUGCGUGUCCAGGACAGCGAAAAGGUCAGGUUAGGGUUGAGAAUUAUAAUGGCCCUUCCAAGAAAACUAAGCUCAUUAUGGUGCACGAUUCCGAGAUCGCGUGCUUGGCACUCUCCAAUGAUGGCAAGUUGAUGGCUACUGCGAGCACAAAAGGAACUCUGGUUCGCGUUUUCAACACGGACGAUGGCGAGCUCGUGCGCGAGUUAAGGCGGGGUUCAGACCGAGCUGAGAUUCACAGUCUCGCAUUCUCCCCGUCGGCCGAAUGGUUGGCAGUGUCUAGUGACAAGGGAACUGUUCAUGUUUUUAGCCUUAAGAGCGGAAAUUUGGAUCGUCAUUCGGAUAAGGUUUUAGCAACUUCUUCAUCUGCUGGCUCAUUGUUAUCUUUUUCCAUGAGAAGUCUUUGGCCUAAGUAUUUGUGUUCCAAAUGGUCUGUGGCUCAGUUUCGUUUGUUGCCGGAAGGUUGUCCACAUGUUGUUGCCUUUGGGAAUCAAGAGCAUACGCUGAUGAUACUUGGAUUCGAUGGAAGCUUUUACAGAUGCAAGUUUGACCCUAUCACCGGUGGUGAAAUGACGCUGAUGGAAUGCCACAAGUUUCAUUAG